GAACUAUGAUAGCGGUUGGACUUGGUGUUGCAACUGUUGCAUUUGCAGGUCGCUAUGCUUUCCACCUUUGGAAGCCGUUGGAGCAGGCAAUUACAGAGACAGCAAAGAGGAUUUCAACUUCUAGUCUUUCAUCAUACUAUAAAGGAGGAUUUGAACAGAAAAUGAGUCGGCGAGAAGCCAGUCUUAUUUUAGGUGUAAGUCCAUCUGCUGGCAGGGCCAAAAUCAGGACAGCCCAUAGAAGAAUCAUGAUUUUGAAUCAUCCUGAUAAAGGUGGGUCACCUUACUUAGCAACAAAAAUAAACGAAGCAAAAGACUUACUGGAAUCCAGUGCAAAAAACUGAAAUCUGAAGCCCUGGGUCACAG